GUCCAUCUGACCUGUCAGCAGUUUUUAGCAGGAGACCCACGUGUCCUGAUGCCUCAGUAGCAGCAAGUCUACCUACACCUCCUGUACCAAGGCACAGGAAGAGUCACAGCCUGGGAAACAACAUGAUGUGUCAGUUCAGUGUAGUGGAAAGCAAAAGUGCCACCUUCCCGACGGAGAAGCCGCGCCACCUCCUGGAUGACAGCGUCCUGGAGUCACACAGCCCAGCCCGCAGCCAUGCGCUGGACUCGCUUUUCACCAAUGGCCUUUCUAUAGAUAGCAGUGAAAGCUCAGAAUUUAGUGAGGAGCUGCCAUCAGGGCUUGAAAGGGGUCGUUUGUAUGCCACACUGGGGCCUAACUGGAGGGUACCAAUCCGGAAUUCUCCUAGGAGUCGAAGCUGUGUCUACAGCCCAACAGGGGCCUGCAGCUGUACAUUGGGUAGUUCCACAGGAGUCAUUACCAUGGAAGGGCCACUAAGAAGAAAAACAUUGCUCAAAGAAGGCAAGAAACCUACUCUCUCCUCAUGGACUAGAUACUGGGUUAUGCUUUCAGGAUCAACUCUUCUGUACUUUGGAGCAAAAUCUUUAAGAGGCACUGAAAGAAAACAUUAUAAAUCUACACCUGGUAAAAAAGUCUCCAUUGUGGGCUGGAUGGUGGCACUGCCUGAUGACCCUGAGCAUCCUGAUAUUUUCCAGCUAAAUAACCCUGACAAAGGUAAUGCUUACAAGUUCCAGACUGGUUCAAGGUUUCAUGCAAUAUUAUGGCAUAAGCAUUUGGAUGAUGCAUGCAAAAGCAACAAGCCUCAGGUACCUGCUAAUCUAAUGUCGUUUGAAUAG